AUGCAAAGCAGCAAUUGCACAGAUGUGUUGAGUGAGCUUAAAGAUGCGGUUCAAAAUGUUCGAACGGGACUAAGAAAAGUACUGGAUAUUGCUCCAAAUCGGACCUUAUAUCAAAUAUUACUUGAUUCAACUAAAAACCCCCUUCUUCAGAGUAUUUUGAGUAUUCCAGAUGAAUCUCAUUUGACUCAAAAUGAUAUUAUCUUUGCAAUUGAAUUAAAGGAAAUGUAUGAUACUGGAAGGCUGGAAAUCUUGGAAUAUCUCAUAAAAGGAGAUAUUGAACAGAUUAAAACGUGUAACGGAAAUACCAAACAGGAAACUUUCGAAAAUAAUAGCCCAAACGAUAGUUCAUCUAAGUUUCAUGAAGACAAUAUCCCUAAUUAUAAGGAAAAACUUGAAACAUGUGAUGGUACUGAAAUAUUUAUUGAGGAAGUUGGUAAAGACAAAGUAAGGAAUUCAAAUAGUUUUGAGAGUACGCCAGAUAACAUUUCUUCAUCGAAUUGUAGGAAAGAUGAAACCCGCUCAGCGGUUGAUCAACGAGAUGCAGAGACCGAAAAAGAGGUGAAUUCCAAUGCGAAAGAACCGGACUCUUACAUCAGUGAAUUAUUUACAUCGGACGUAAUGAGAAGUGAGAUGUACGUGCCAGAGGAACUAGUUUAUAAACGAGAUAGAAAGUGGGGCCUUUUGAAACAAGAAGAAUUGCCACAAGCUCCUAGUAUUGAAGAUCCGGAACUUCUGAGAAAGGUUUUCAGUCAUCAGUCAAUAGUCAAUUAUUUGAAUAUUUCGCCUGAGUUCAAGGUCCAAUUACAUAACGAGAGAUUGGAAUUCUUAGGUGAUGCAUUAUUACAAUUCAUCACGUCAAUGAUUAUCUAUGAAAGGUUUCCCAAUUUUAGUGAAGGUCAAUUAUCGAUACUACGGAGCACUAUCGUGUCUAACUCCAGUUUACUUAAAUGGUCACAAAUGUAUGGCUUUGAUAAACAACUACGUAAGAAUCUUAUCGAUUCUUCCAUCUUAGCAGGUAAUAAUAAAUUAUAUGCCGAUGUUUUUGAGGCUUACCUUGGCGGUAUUGCUGAACAGUAUAUGAUGGAAACCAGCGAAGGGGAAACCAAUGUGAACGACUUUAUGAAAGGAUGGUUUGAAGUCAAAUCAUGGAUUGAAGAGUUAUCCGAAAAUCAUAUACGUGGGUUUGAUCCAAGUAUUGUUUUCAAAAUGCAGUAUUCCAAAUCUAGCAAGCAAGAUCUGAGGUUAUUACUUGGCCAGAAUAACAACCCCGAUUAUAUCAGAGUAAACCUGAGCAAUAAGAGAAUCUUGUCUUGUAUAAAGGUGAAUAAUAAAGUGUACGGAUAUGGUAUUGGUACUAGCAACAAAGAAGCCGAUGCAAGGGCAGCCGUUGAUGCAAUAUCCAACCCAGAAAUUAGGAAGAUUUGUCCAGAAGAUAUAUGGAAUAGAUUUGAAAGCAACGUAGGUCUAAAUGAGAAAGGAGGAUUGAAAUUGAGACAAUACCCUACGAAGGUGACCUCACAUGAGCUGCAAAUCCUGAAGAAGGAAAUCGCCAUUAAGUUUAAGAAUGGCGAUAUCAAGCUGCUUGCCUCUGAGAAUAAUCCAAACAGUUUAUUAAUAACCAAUCAAGAUAGAAUGGAGGUGGCUGAAAAAAGGGACAGUAUACUCUCAAUAGAUAAUACAGAGGGUGAAUCAGAAACCAGUCAAAUUGAGGAGAGUAAAGAAGUAUUUGAACAUUCUCGUAAUCGACCUACUCUUGCGGAUGACUGUAUGGAGCAGAAGAAGAGGGUGAAAGAGAAGGUAAGUGCCAGACAGAAAAAGGAAAAGCAAAGAAAACCACAAAUAGAGAUGGUGAAGGAGCAAGAGAUAAAGAAUUUCAAGGAGAGCACACAGUACUAUUCGAAGGAAUACACUUUAGGUCGAGGUGGUGUUUUUGGGUCUGAAAGUGCCAAGGUUCGUAAGGGUAAACAGAAGAAGCGUCGUGGGAUUUGUAGAAAUGCGGCCUUUGAAGUGGUGGAUAAUGACAAUAAUGAUGGACGUUCUGACACGUUCAUCAUUGAAUGUCAUGAGGUCUACGAGAGUUGCGAUGAGAUAGACGUGGAGAGUAAGAACCGGAUAUAUGCUGCCUAUGAUAGACGGGGGUCCAAUCCCAACUUCCGGAUUUAUAGAACGACAAACGAUGAGUACCUAAGCGAGCUAUGGUUUGGUAGUUUACAGAUAGUCUCCUAUGGUCUUGACAAAAACAAGAAAAAAGCUUCUCAAAAGGCAGCAAUGCUAGCAUGUAAACGUGAGGACUAUUAUGGUUUAGAUGAUAGCAAUGAAAAUGAUCCAUAA